CUGAUGCACCGAUGUUCGUAAUGGGUGUCAAUAACGAUAAGUAUGAUAAGGCUAACAAUCAUAUCAUCUCUAAUGCUUCGUGCACUACAAACUGUCUGGCUCCAUUGGCUAAGGUCAUCCAUGACAAAUUCGGAAUCAUUGAAGGUUUGAUGACCACUGUACAUGCAACAACGGCUACUCAAAAGACUGUCGAUGGACCAUCUGGAAAGCUAUGGCGUGAUGGUCGUGGUGCUGGCCAGAACAUCAUACCAGCAAGCACUGGUGCAGCAAAGGCUGUAGGGAAAGUCAUUCCUGAUCUAAAUGGGAAGCUUACUGGUAUGGCUUUCCGUGUGCCAACUCCAGAUGUAUCAGUUGUUGAUCUUACCUGCCGACUCCAGAAGGGUGCAACUAUGGAUGAAAUCAAGGCAGCCGUAAAGGAGGCAGCUGAGGGAUCGAUGAAGGGAAUUCUCGACUAUACUGAGGAUCAGGU